AGUCCCACCCAUCCAGCAACGUUACUAUAGCAUAAUAAUAUAGUGCUCACUGCUCAGCAACGUACGUUACUAGGAACGUACGUUACUUGAGUUCCCACAAGUAAUUAACGGUCCCAUAUAUCGUCGCCGAUCAGCAGGUAGCGCAGUCGUCGUCACGCGCGCGCGGCCGGCAUAUGGGUCUCCCGCUGGAGCAGUGGCGCGGCGGCGAGGCGGACGGCAGGAAGGUCGUCGACGGCGACGCGACGGCGGCCGGGUGCAGGACGCCCGACGCUGCCAACGGGCAGGCGGCCGGUCGACGCGCUGGCGGCGGGGACUGCCCCGCCGCGCCACGGAAGAGGCGGGCCGCCCCCGCCGCCGCCGGCGUGGUCGCGCAGCAGCAGCAGCGGCGCAGGGACUACUACACCGGCGACGACGUGGAGGCCUUCUUCGCCGCGCACAACCUCUAGCUAGAUCCAGCAUCAGCCUGCUACAUAAACGUACCAAUGCAUGCACGCGAGGCACGGCCUUGUUAGAGGGGAGUGUAGUCGCUGGUUUGACCGGCCGGCCGCCGGCCAUCACCUAGAUUAUCGUCGUGCAUUUACUAUCGCUUUAUUUCGUUUUGAUCGACCUUAAUUCGUCGUCGUCGUCGUCUCAGUGUCUGCAACGUACGUACGGUCUGUGGAAACAGCGCAUGCAUGCAUGAUCGGUCUGCAUGCCGGCGACGAGGUCAUGCUAGGCAGUCUUAUCUUAGGGUUGACUAGGUGCCUCUGCAUUACUAUAUCUGUGUCAAGCUGUACGUACGAAUGCAUGCUGUCAGUCAAUAAACGAAGGCUUUAU